AUGUACUUCUCUCUACCCAAACACAGUGUAAAUCAAAACAUCAAUUUAGUAUUCCCUUCAGUCACGAAGGAAAAAGUCGUCGACAUGUCUCAGCCCGGCCCCGAAGCAACCGCCGGAGAGCGCCGACAGGCCCGGAAGCCCAUCCCCAAGCCCGUCCCGGCCUACCUGCCCACGGCCGGGUCGCCGCUGAAGGUCGACAAGACGGCCUACGAAUCCAUUCAAAGCGCGGACCGUGAGCUCAUUGAAGAGUUUACCAUUCCCAUCCGCUCCGGCAAAGCAUGGGAGGUGCCCGCAGGAUGCGUCGUGCGCAUCACUACGCCAGAAGGUCCGCAAGUUGGCGACCUCAAUAUCUGGAACCGGCACAACCCGCGCGAGCGCUUCUGGGCCUCGCGCACGCGACAGCUUCACGCCACGCACGUCUCGACGCACGACCGUCUGUGGUCGUGCCUGCCGUACAUGCGACCCCUAGCCACCAUCAUCCACGACAGCCUGGCGUGGUACGGCGAGGACGAGCACGGCGCGCGGGUGCACGACCUGCUGGGCACGCGCUGCGACCCGUACAUCAACACGGUGCUGGCCGGCGCGCAGUACGACUUCCACUGCCACUCCAACCUCGUGCGCGCCGUUGCGCCGUUUGGCCUCGCCGAGGCGGACGUGCACGACGUGAUUAACAUUUUUCAGGUCACGGGGCUGGAUGCUCAGGGAAGGUACUUUAUGAAUCCGUCGCCGGCGCAAAAGGGCGAUGCGCUCGAGUUUUUGGCCGAGCAGGAUCUCCUCAUGGCAUUGAGUACCUGCCCUGGUGGUGAUUUGUCGGCUUGGGGGUUCGGCAGCGAUAGUGAACAGGAAAUGAUCAAAUGCUGUCGUCCGCUUCAUGUACAGGUCUACAGACUCAAGGAUGAAGGGGUUCUUCGCAGAGUCGGCUGGAAACCAUCCAUCGUCUCAGCAUACAAGGGCAUGCACGGCGUCUUUUCGCCCACGGGGGAGCCCGGGCAACGCGGAUAA